AUGUCGCUGUUAGAAGACAGUCGGCCAUUUGCUCAACAGUUAUCCAAUGUCUACUUUACAAUACUCUCACUUUUCUGCUUCAAACUUUUCGUGAAAAUCAGCCUGGCCAUCCUUAGCCAUUUCUACAUCGUGAAAGGCAACCGCAAGGAAGCGGCCCGGAUAGCCGCUGAAUUCUACGGAGCAUCCCAAGGACAAGGUUCCUGGGCAGAUCGAUCACCACUCCAUGAAGCAGCGAGUCAAGGUCGUCUUCUUGCUCUGAGAACACUAUUAUCACAGGGCUACAAUGUAAAUGCAGUAACCAUAGACCAUAUCACCCCAUUACAUGAAGCCUGCCUUGGAGAUCAUGUGGCAUGUGCGCGGACUCUUCUGGAAGCCGGAGCUAAUGUCAAUGCAAUCACAAUAGAUGGCGUGUCUCCGUUAUUCAAUGCAUGUUCACAAGGAAGUUCAAGUUGUACGGAACUUCUUUUAGAAUAUGGUGCCAAAGCGCAACUGGAGUCAUGUCUUCCUUCUUCCACGCACGAGGCUGCCAGUAAAGGUCACCAUGAAUGUCUAGGAAUUCUGAUAUCCUGGGGCAUAGAUGUUGACCAAGACAUUCCUCAUUUGGGAACUCCACUGUAUGUAGCUUGUAUGGCACAACAAUUCCACUGCGUCAGGAAACUUCUUUAUGCAGGUGCUGAUGUACAGAAAGGUAAAUAUUGGGAUACCCCGUUGCAUGCUGCUGCUUUCCAAUCCAAUACAGAAAUUGUAAACUUACUGCUAGAAUUUGGAGCUGAUAUCAAUGCUAAAAAUACAGAGCUCCUGCGACCUGUAGAUGUCGCUACUUCUAGCAGUUUGGUGGAAAGAAUACUGCUUCAACAUGAGGCACUGUCCUUAUAA